UCCAAAUCAUCACUUCAAACCAAACCAAACCAAACCAAACCACUUCACCCCAAACCACCAAAAACCACCAAAAUGGUCAAAGCCACCUUCCUCCUGACCGUCCUGGCCGCUCUCGCCAGCGUCGAAGCCUGCAAGCGCACCUGCACCCCCACCUCCGACAAGGCCGGCGUCUGCACCUACAGCUGCACGAAGAUGUGCUCAAGCUUGGGCGCCAAGGAAGCUCGCGACGAGUUCCUCUCCAACCUGCAGUCCGCGGGUCACAGUUGCAAAGCUAGUGGCUCUUCGGGCGUGAAGUGCACUAAGAAUUCUUCGUUUGGGAGCUGCUAUGAUCAUCACUGGUCUUGUGGCGGUGGGUGCUAGAUUGGGUGAGGUUUUUACCUACCUAUCAACCUAGUAGGACGGACUAGCUUGUGGAAGGAUUCGUGGAUGGGAUGUUGUCGGUUGAGUCUGGAGGAGAUUAGGGAUUAGGUAGAGAGUGAGAGUGUGUGGCUGUUUUUAUGGGGAGAUAUGGUGCUCAUGUAUAUGAAUAGUCAAUACUUAUAGCUAGAACUCGC